AUGGAGACACACCCACACCCUCCAUACAAACACCCCAUCACCUUCUGGCUCGUAUUCCUAUCCCUCUGCCUCCUCUCCUUUGUCUCCGCCCUAGACGGCGCCAUCAUCAGCACUGCUCUCCCCAAAGUAACCACCUCUCUCGGCGGUGAAACAGACUACAUCUGGAUCGCCAACAGCUUCACCAUCGCCCAGACAAUCAUACAACCAUUCCUCGCGCAGCUCUGCGACAUUUAUGGCCGACGCAACCCCAUCCUAAUCUCGGUGGCCCUAUUCCUCCUAGGCAGCGGCCUAGCGGGCGGCGCCUCCACUGUGGGCCAACUGAUCGGCGGCCGCACAGUCCAAGGGCUCGGCUCAGGCGGCAUCUACAUCCUCGUGGACCUGAUCGUAUGUGAUCUAGUCCCCCAGCGCGAGCGCGGCCAAUACCUAGGCAUCGUACUAUCUCUCGCAGCUGUAGGCGCCGUCCUAGGCCCUGUGCUCGGCGGCGCCCUCGCCCAAGCCAAUUGGCGCUGGGUCUUCUACCUCAACCUGCCCCUCGCCGGGCCCGUACUUCUGUUCAUGCUCUUCUUCCUGCGUCUUGAUGUCCCCCAACCCUCUUCCUCCCCCUCCCUCCUCCGUAUCGACUGGCCCGGCAACAUCCUCUUCGCCGGCUGCAUCCUCUCCCAACUCCUCGCGCUCGUCGGCGGCGGCACCCUCCACCCCUGGUCCUCCCCCUCAACCCUCAUCCCCCUGAUAAUCGGCAUCGCGGGCUGGAUUCUCUUCCACAUCUACGAAGCCCUCCCUGCCCGAUGGUGUCCCCAUCCCUGCAUGCCGCCCCACCUCUUCGCCACCCGUAACAGCCUCCUCGGCUUCGUCCUCGCCUUCGACGCCGCCCUCCUCAUGCAAUGGACCCUCUACUUUCUCCCUAUCUACUUCCAGGGAGUACAGCGCAAGUCCCCGCUAACAUCAGGAAUUGACCUCCUCCCCUGCAGUGCCUUCCUCAUCCCCUUCGCCAUGGUCGCCGGCACCAUCAUGUCCCGCACGGGGCUGUGCCGCCCACUGCACUUCAUCGGCUUCGCGGCCCUCUCUCUCGCGUUAGGCCUCUUCACUCCGCUCUCCGCACACUCUCCCCGCGCAGCAUGGGUAUGUGUCCAGCUCCCCGCUGCACUAGGCCAGGGCUUCCUAGCCACGACUAUCCUCCCUGCUAUUCAAUCUUCCCUGGGGCCCAACGAUAUCGCUAGUUCUACGGGCGUGUAUGCGUUCCUGCGCUCGCUGGCGUUUGUGUGGGGAUCUACGGCACCCGGGAUUGUGUUUAAUGCAAGGGUGGAUGUCUAUGCGAGGAGGAUUACCACUGAUGAGAAGCUGAGGGAGAGGUUGCUGGACGGGAGGGCAUAUGGCGCGGCGGCGGAGUUUGCGGGGAGUUGGGGGGCGGGGCUUGACGUGGUGCAGAGGGAGCAGGUUAGGGAGGUGUAUCGGCUGGCGUUGAGGACGGUGUGGUUUGUGGGGUUGGCGUUUGCGUUGGUGGGGGUGGUGGUUGGGUUGGGGAUGGGGAGAGUGGUUUUACAGGGGGGGUUGGAGGAGAAUGGGUACGGGUUGAAGGAGAAGGGGGAUGAAAAGGUUGUGGAUGGGAGGGAGGGGAGUAACCGGGUGGAAGAGGUGUUUCAUGCUGUAGAAACGGGGAAGAGGGAAGAAACUGGAGAUGCAUGA